AAUUCAGAUUUUGUCUGUGUGUUGUGUUUGCUUGUAAAUUAAUUUGCAAAUUUCCCCAAAAUAUUCCAGAUUUGUGGUGGAAAUUAAAGAAGUGAUGGGUGCCUUGACCAGCAGACAAAAUGCUGGAGUAGAAGAAGCAGACGUGGUCUCUAAUCACGCGUACAAGUAUCCUCCAAGAUCGGGGAAUUAUUUUGGAAGUCAUUUCAUUAUGGGCGGUGAAAGAUUUGAUACUCCUCAACCUGAGGCUUACUUAUUUGGAGAAAAUGCUGAUCUCAACUUUCUUGGCAGCAGACCUACUCCAUUCCCAUAUCCACCACCUCAGUCCAAUGAGCCCACAAAAACGUUGAAGAGUUCAAUCAACAUCCGGAAAGAAUCUCUUAGAUUUGUUCGUUGUCCUGAACCAGUGGGUAAGAUAGCCGACUCAAAUAAAAUUGGAGAUGGGCCAUUGAAGUCCUUGGAUAAUCAUGGGAAGGGGACAUACUACAACAUUGAAUUUACAUUUGACUGCGAUGCAAGAUGUGCUAUAACUAUAUUCUAUUUUUGCACCGAAGAAGUGACCCCAGCUGGUGUUGUUUACUACCCUCGCGAUCCGUCCAUGACGUCCCAGACAUACCACUACAAGAAGGGAGCCAACCAGCAGUUCUGCCAAAUUUCCCAUGUGUUUGAUCCCUCGAAGUAUCCAGAGGAGGACCUCUCAUACAAUGCAGAUAGGGAAAUAAUCCCCAUUGCCAUUUACUGUGUUGUUGAUGAAGGACAAGAUGAAAUUCGCCAAUCUCAUACCACCAUAGCAGUGGUGGAGAAGCACUCUGACGGCACUUAUGUGUUGAAGGCCUUGAAACAGAAACUUUUUGUGGACGGUCUGUGUUACUUGCUUCAGGAAAUCUAUGGAAUCGAAAACAAGAAUCUUGACAGUAAGCCAACAUCUGACGAGGAGACCGAAGACGGCGGAUCAGAGUGCGUGAUCUGCAUGUGCGACGUGCGCGACACGCUGAUCCUGCCGUGCCGCCACCUGUGCCUGUGCAACUCGUGCGCCGACUCGCUGCGCUACCAGGCCAACAACUGCCCCAUCUGCCGCGCGCCCUUCCGCGCCCUGCUUCAGAUCCGCGCCCUGCAGCGCGUGGCGUCCUCGCCCGCCGUGCCGCCGCCCGCGGCUAGUCCACCUGACGGCAGCAUGGAGAACAUCCCGGCGGGCUACGAGCCGGUGUCGCUGCUGGAGGCGCUGAACGGGCCGCACCCCGCGCGCGCCCUGCCCGCGCCGCGGCCCGCGCCCGCCAUCGCCAGCCCCGACACCGACACCGCCUCGCAGGUACACGGCGUAACCUCGGCCUUCGUCGGCUGUGGUCGGCCAUCAUCGUCACCGCCUCGCAGGUACUGA